CAUCAUCCCGUGGGCUAUAAGAGCACCCAGACUUCCGGAUCAGCUCAUGACGGGUGCCAUGUGAGCUUGGCACGGCCCCCCUCCUUGCUUCCUUCCUAGGCCCACCCAGCCUCUCCAAAGAGGGACACAUUGGUGCCAUGUCUCUGCUCAACUCUGUGCUGCUGCCCCCAGAGGUGAAGGCCUACCUGAGUCAAGGGGAGCGCUUCAUCAAAUGGGACGAUGAAACGACCAUUGCCUCUCCGGUUAUCCUCCGAGUGGAGCCCAAGGGCUAUUACUUAUACUGGACGUAUCAGAGUAAGGAGAUGGAGUUCCUAGAUAUCACCAGCAUCCGGGACACUCGCUUUGGGAAAUUUGCCAAGAUGCCCAAGAGCCAGAAGCUCCGGGACGUCUUCAACAUGGACUUUCCCGACAACAACUUCCUGCUGAAGACGCUCACGGUGGUGUCUGGCCCCGACAUGGUGGACCUCACCUUCCACAACUUCGUCUCCUACAAGGAGAACGUUGGCAAGGCCUGGGCUGAAGACAUACUGGCCUUGGCCAAGCAUCCGUUGACCACCAACGCCCCCCGCAGCACCUUCCUGGAUAAGAUCCUGGUGAAGCUGAAGAUGCAGCUCAAUCCGGAAGGGAAGAUCCCGGUGAAGAAUUUCUUCCAGCUGUUUCCCGCAGACCGCAAGCGGGUGGAAGCGGCCCUCAGCGUUUGCCAUCUUGCAAAAGGCAAGAAUGACGCCAUUAAUCCUGAGGACUUCCCAGAAUCUGUCUACAAGAGCUUCCUCAUGAGCCUCUGUCCUCGGCCCGAGAUAGACGAGAUUUUCACUUCCUAUCAUGCCAAGGCCAAACCCUACAUGACCAAAGACCACCUGACCAAGUUCAUCAACCAGAAGCAGAGGGACCCACGGCUCAACUCCCUACUGUUCCCACUGGCACGGCCUGACCAGGUGCAGGGCCUCAUUGAGAAGUAUGAGCCCAGUGGCAUCAACGUGCAGAGGGGUCAGCUGUCACCGGAGGGCAUGGUCUGGUUUCUCUGUGGGCCAGAGAACAGUGUGCUGGCCCAGGACAAGCUACUGCUUCACCAAGACAUGACUCAGCCACUCAAUCAUUACUUCAUCAACUCCUCACACAACACCUACCUGACAGGCAGCCAGUUCUCCGGCCUUUCCUCGGCUGAGAUGUACCGCCAGGUGCUGCUGUCCGGCUGCCGCUGCGUGGAGCUGGACUGCUGGAAGGGGAAGCCCCCGGAUGAGGAGCCCAUCAUCACCCACGGCUUCACCAUGACCACGGACAUCUUCUUCAAGGAAGCCAUUGAAGCGAUCGCAGAAAGUGCUUUUAAGACCUCCCCCUACCCUGUCAUCCUGUCAUUUGAAAACCACGUGGACUCACCCCGCCAACAAGCUAAGAUGGCCGAAUACUGCCGGACAAUGUUUGGGGAUAUGCUGCUCACAGAGCCCCUGGAAAAGUUCCCGUUAAAACCAGGCACCCUGCUGCCCAGCCCCGAGGACCUCAAGGGCAAAAUCCUCAUCAAGAACAAGAAGCACCAGUCUGCUGGCUGCAAAGCCCCCAGAGAGGAGCCUGGUGGGGAGGAGGAGGGCAGCUGCCCUCCCCAAGUCCCCGGGGGCGAUGACACAGCAUGGCCUGGUGAGGAAGGGGCUGAGCUGGAGGAGGAAGAGGUAGCCGAGGAAGAGGAGGAGGAGUCUGGCAGCCUGGAUGAAGAAGAGAUUAAGAAGAUGCAGUUGGAUGAGGGCACAGCAGGCCUGGAAGUGACAGCUUACGAGGAGAUGUCCAGCCUCGUCAACUACAUCCAGCCUACCAAGUUCAUCUCCUUUGAAUUCUCCGCCCAGAAGAACCGGAGCUAUGUCAUCUCCUCCUUCACGGAGCUGAAGGCGUACGAGCUGCUCUCCAAGGCCUCUGUGCAGUUUGUGGACUACAACAAGCGCCAGAUGAGCCGAAUUUACCCCAAAGGCACCCGUGUGGACUCCUCCAACUACAUGCCACAGAUGUUCUGGAAUGCCGGGUGCCAGAUGGUCGCCCUCAACUUCCAGACGAUGGACCUGCCCAUGCAGCAGAACAUGGCGCUGUUUGAAUUCAACGGGCAGAGUGGCUACCUCCUCAAACACGAGUUCAUGCGCCGGCCGGACAAACAGUUCAACCCCUUCUCGGUGGACCGCAUCGAUGUGGUGGUGGCCACCACCCUGUCUAUUACGGUGAUCUCAGGGCAGUUCCUGUCAGAGCGCAGUGUGCGCACCUACGUGGAAGUGGAGCUGUUCGGCCUUCCCGGGGAUCCUAAGAGGCGCUAUCGCACCAAGCUGUCCCCCUCUCCCAAUUCCAUCAAUCCUGUCUGGAAAGAGGAGCCCUUUGUGUUUGAGAAGAUCAUGAUGCCCGAGCUGGCCUCCCUCAGGGUGGCCGUGAUGGAGGAAAACAGCAAGUUCCUCGGACAGCGUAUCCUCCCCAUCAAUGCGCUGAACUCCGGGUACCAUCACCUGUGUCUGCACAGUGAAAGCAACAUGCCCCUUACCAUGCCUGCACUCUUCAUCCUCCUGGAGAUGAAGGACUAUGUUCCCGACACCUGGGCAGAUCUCACCGUGGCCCUGGCCAACCCCAUCAAGUUUUUCAGCGCCCACGAUAAGAAGUCUGUGAAGCUCAAGGAUGCCAUGGGUGAAGGCCUGCCGGAGAGGCCCUUCUCGUCCAAGAGUCCAGCCAGUGGCCAGGUCAACGGGGCAUCCGCGCCCAACAGUAACGGGGCAGCAGGUAUGCACUUCGGGCCCCCCACCCACUUGGAGGGCCUCCACCCUGUCUGCAUUCAGGACACAUGCUGGCCUGACCAUCCCCAAAGCCCAAACUCAGCCUCAGACAGUCCGUUUGGACCCCGGUGGCAAUAGUGGGUUAUGAGUUGGGCUGCUAACCACAAGGUCAGCGGUUCAAAACCACCAAUCGCUCUGCGCGGGAGAUAGAUGAAGAGUCUACUCUCCUGAAGAUUCACAGCCUCGGAACCCCCUAGGGGGCAGUUCUGCUCUGACCUUUGGGGUUGCCAUGAGUCCUGAGCCUGGGAAUGGCUCUUGAAAAUAAAUUAAUCAGUAAGCCUUUUCUUGGGAGGGAAGUGAGGGCCCGUGCCUGGCCCCUCUACCCUGAAGCUUGACACCUCUACCCUGGGCUGGAUGAAUGCGCUGCAAGGGGCAGAGCCUUCGACCUCUGGCGGGCUUGAGCGCAGUCAAAGGGGUCCCCAGACCACCAGCCAGUCCACCUUGUGGCUCUUGCAGCAGCCCGGGCCAAAGGCAAGGAGGAGACCUCAAAAGAAGUUAUUGGUAAA